AUGACCGCGGCUGGAGGAGGUAAAUCCGGCUACGACGCCGCGAACGACGCGGCGAAGACGCGAGCGCAGCAAGAGGCGGCGAGAGGAAAAGGCGCGUGGGACUGCGAAAAGUAUUGCGAGAUAUUACCAGAAGACGAAGCGAGAGUGUUCGAGGAGAUCGCGACGGCGAACGAGGGAGAUUUCGUCUUCGAAGGCAUUCCGUGCGUGCAACCGAGGACGGAUUAUGCACAUUUGGCGUUUUUCUUCGACGGGUGUCGAUAUCGCAUCUUAGCGGACGUGACAGAAAAAUGCCAAGAUAUCAAAAAGAGACUCUGGGAGAAAGGAUGCGGCAAAGGCGAACCGAUGUCAACUGGUCGAAGGAGGACUGUUGAAGAUUGGCGAGAGUUGACGCUAUUGUACUCGUGCGAGAUUAUACCCGAAGACACGACGUUAUUGGAUUUUGGCGUUCCGCCCGGAUGUAAAUGUUUGAUUGCAAUCGAAACGGCGAUAUUAGAAUCCGGGAAACCUUCUGCUUCCGAUCCGUAUUGGAACUAG